AUGUGCUCUUUUCCCCGUGCUCUGAGAGCUCGAGAUGACAUCAUCGUCAUCAUUCAUCGCAAAGUUGUGGUUCUGCAGGCAAAGAGCUUUCGUGCAUUGGGCUCGCGGCUCCCCGCGUUGAUUCCGUACUCAAAUCUGGUGAAGCCUCAUUAUCUAUCUCACGGUUCCAACAUCUUCAAUACAGCCUCGGGCGAUCUUGGUACUCUUCUACCAUCUCAAGCUGUCAAUCAGAGAUGGCUACCGUUUAUGGAAGGCGUUCCAUUGUGUUGGCAGCCGCUCCCUGCCUGCCAGGACUCCAACUUCGCAGAUUCGUGA